GCCUCGCCGCUCUCCCGCUCCUAGCCAGGUCCGGGCUGCAGCGUGGUCCCCGCGAGACCCUCAGCCGCUGUCGGCGCGCGCCCCAGCGCUCGGCUCGGAGGCGGAGGCGCAGCACAGUAGAGGCGGGUCGUCAGCGCUGGCUGCGCGCCGCGGUCCACCGCUCCGCUUUCCUUUGUCUCCUGCCUGCGGAGCCGGAGCGGUCUCGGUGCCCAGCGGUGCAGCCUCAAGAUGGCUGAUGGCAACGAGGAUGCUCGAGCGGAGGACAUGCCAGGCCCGGCCUUCGAAGGCUAUGAGGCCAUGGAGCUGGCCUGCCCGGCCGAGCGCAGCGGCCACGUCGCUGUCAGCGAUGGGCGCCACAUGUUCGUCUGGGGCGGCUACAAGAGUAAUCAAGUGAGAGGACUCUAUGACUUCUAUCUGCCCAGAGAAGAACUGUGGAUCUACAACAUGGAGAGUGGAAGAUGGAAAAAGAUCAACACUGAAGGUGAUGUGCCCCCGUCCAUGUCUGGGAGCUGCGCUGUGUGCGUAGACAGGGUGCUGUACUUGUUUGGAGGCCACCAUUCCAGAGGCAACACAAACAAGUUCUACAUGCUGGACUCAAGGUCUGCAGACAGAGUGUUACAGUGGGAAAGAAUUGAUUGCCAAGGAAUUCCUCCAUCAUCAAAGGACAAACUUGGUGUCUGGGUAUAUAAAAACAAGUUAAUAUUUUUUGGAGGCUAUGGAUAUAUACCUGAAGAUAAAGUAUUGGGGACGUUUGAAUUUGAUGAAACAUCUUUUCGGAAUUCAAGUCAUCCAAGAGGAUGGAAUGAUCAUGUCCAUAUUUUAGACACUGAAACAUUUGCCUGGAGCCAGCCCAUCACCACUGGCAAGGCACCUUCACCUCGUGCUGCCCAUGCCUGUGCAACUGUUGGAAACAAGGGUUUUGUGUUUGGUGGCAGAUACCGAGAUACUAGAAUGAAUGAUCUGCACUAUCUUAAUCUGGACACAUGGGAGUGGAAUGAACUAAUUCCACAAGGUAUAUGCCCUGUUGGCCGCUCCUGGCACUCACUGACAGCAGUCUCUUCAGACCAUCUUUUUCUCUUCGGAGGAUUUACCACUGAAAAGCAGCCACUAAGUGAUGCCUGGACUUACUGCAUCAGUAAAAAUGAAUGGAUUCAGUUUAAUCAUUCUUAUGUUGAAAAACCAAGAUUAUGGCAUACAGCUUGUGCGAGCGAUGAGGGAGAAGUAAUUGUUUUUGGUGGUUGUGCCAACAAUCUGCUGGUCCAUCAUAGGGCUGCACACAGUAACGAAGUACUUAUAUUUUCAGUCCAACCAAAAUCUCUUGUACGGCUAAGCUUAGAAGCAGUCAUUUGCUUUAAAGAUAUGCUAGCCAACUCGUGGAGCUGCCUUCCAAAACACUUACUUCACAGUGUUAAUCAGAGGUUUGGUAGUAACAACAGUUCUGGAUCAUAAGGCUUUGUAGAUAAUACUUCUGGUCUACUUGCAUGGAAAACAGCCCUGUAUUUGUCAGUGUCAUCCUUUGUAUAAUUAUAUCAUUGUUGUAGUUUGCAGCUUUCUGGGUUUUAUGUGCAUGUGAAUGGCCUAGAGAACCUAUUUUUGUGUCUAAAGUUUACAAUAAAUGUAUUUAACACCAAAAAAAAAA